CAACGUACAAUCAGCCUACUUCUUUUGCACAUCAACGUCAAAGUUCCGAAACUUUUGAAGAUAUCAAGAGUAAUAACUCUUCAAAUCUUCAUGGACCUUAUAGCAUUGUAAAAAAUUGUGACAGUCCAUAUAACAACUGUGCUAUUCAAGCAAGCUUGAGCGAACAACCUCCACAACAACACGUUCAAUCUUCCACUGGCUCACGGCAGCAACAAACUUUUGGCUCCUCAUCGACAAAACAAUUUAAUAAUAAUACUCGAACUUCUUCAUUAUCAACGUCUAAUACGACAACAAAUCGCAACAACUUUACCGAUACUCAAAUCUUUACAACGGCCUCAACAACGGAGCAUCAUCAGUUCUCUCUUGCAAAUUCUCGCAGUGGCAACGGUAAUAACCAUCCCAAUUCCAACAAUGGCAGAAUUAUAAAUAUGGGUCAUAACGUUGGUGGCUUGAAUUUAAAAGAAAUUAAUGAUUGGACUAAAAAUGCUGUAAAAGAUUCAUCGAAAUUAAAAUUUGGUCAUAUUCUUUUUGAGCAAGUAGCGUUUCCUCCAAAAAAGUCUCAUGCAUUACCCAACGGAAUACGUGUCGAAAAUAUUACUUGGAGAAUGAUGUAUUUAGCUUUAAACAAAAAAAAUGCUGAACAAACUUUAAUUAAACAUGAAUCGUUUGAUGAUGUCUUUUCAAGUAAUAUGACUAGACAUUCCAAAAAUUCCGUUGCCACUUCUAAAAAAUCUAUCGUUAAUGACAUUUCUGUUCAAGAAAAAAACUGCUUGAAAGAUGCUGAUAAUAAUGUUGAAACUGCGUUAUUAAGUUUAGAUAUGGAAGAUAUGGAAAUGGAUUCGCUUAACAAACUUGACCGACAUUUGACUGUGAACAUGGAUCAAGAUGAUUACAAUGCAAUUCUUGUUGAUGAUGCUCACGCUCCCUUUGUGAUGUCUCCCCCCGAUACUAGUAGUAAUCCAGAUGAUAAUCUAUCCGUCUAUACUUCAACUCCUUCUCCUGUGCUCACCUCUUCCACUACUUCGGCCAUCCCAAUUCCCGUGUCCUCUGCUUCAAACAAUUAUAACCCUCCUUUAACUACGUCUCCAACAAAUUGUCAUUUUGAAUUCAUUCCAACCUCUGAGGGAUUCAGAUUAAAUCCACAAGCAUUAAAGAGGAAUUAUGUGAAUAAUAUUUCCGGAAAACCUAUGAUGUAUAAUGAUCGUUCCUUUGCCAUCCCUGUGUCUCGUUCUCAAAUUUUCAAUUCUACUGGUACUCAUGGAUUUCCUUAUAAAAAGGCACUAAAACCACAAAGCGUCUUACACUUUUCAUCACCAAUAUCAAGUAUAACAAUACCGAAUGACACUACUGAUGACUCAGACGUGGAAUUACCAGAUUCAUUGUCCUCAUCGGUGACAACUGCAUCUACCAAUACACAAUAUCCAUUAACUUUUAAUCCCGCGUUUGAUCAAACAUCUCUCGAUUAUCCUGGUUCUUUAAUAAGUUCUUCGGCUCCAGCUUUUUCCUAUGCAAAUUAUUGUGAAAUUGCUGCCUCUGAUGCCUUAAAUGAUAAUAAUUCUAUGUCAUAUAAUCAAUCAACUGCUAGCACUCCUAUUACUCCUGCCGAUAAUCCAGGAAUUUUCCUUGAUCUUAAUUCUGGAAAUGAUAUUGGUGCUGAUGGCUUUUUCAACGUUUAUUUCAUGCAGGGUAACAGUCCUCAUAUUAAUCCCUCCCAAUUACUGUCAACGUCUCCUAGUGCUUUUUAUGAAUUUAUUCAAGAUCAAAAUUCGGGUGGAAAGAACAAAUGUUCUAAUUCCUUUGAAUUUGAUGUAUUAGGUAGUAGUCAUAGUGCUAAUAGUCCUUCUUCAAAAAUAAAAAGACAUUCGUUGGAUGACUCAUCUAUAGUUGAUACGAACUGUAUAAACAAGAACAAUUCUUUGAACUCUUCUCCAACAUUAACUAGUGGUGGUGAAGGAUCUGAGUCUGAAACUUCAAAUUCGAUACCUUGUAAAAGACAAAGACCGUCUUCUCGCACGUCAUUGUCAUCUAUUCCGACUAAUAGUUCCUCAAAUCCUACUUCUAAUAAUACUAAAUCUCCUCCUUCUCCCCCAAUAUCUAAAGAUGGUAAUAAUUGCGGAAAUAAUAGUACUAAUGGUAAUAGUGGUAAUUCUUCUAAAAAUGCUAUGUCGACCACUUGUACCAAUUGUCAUACCCAAACAACUCCUUUAUGGCGUCGUAAUCCUGAAGGUCAACCAUUAUGCAAUGCUUGUGGUUUGUUCCUUAAACUUCAUGGUGUUGUAAGACCAUUAAGUCUUAAAACAGAUACUAUUAAAAAACGUAAUCGUAAUGGGGGUGCUGUUGCUGCUGGUAAAAAUCCGGCUAAAGGUGUUAAAGGUCCAGUACAACUCGGCCCGGGUGGUGCGAGCAUGGGAGUUAUAGGCAAGCGAAUGUCUUCAAUGACUUCGAGAACUCAAAAUGGUAAUACUCCUGCCCCUGCUCCGGUAUUAUCAUCAUCGACAUCUAAUUCACAAUUCACCAACGGAUUCACUGAACGGCAUCAAAUGGUUGGUGCAUUGCCAAAGAGACAAAGGAGACUCUCGGGUGAUGAACAACAAUUAAAUUCACAAACUCGAUCCAGUGAAGUUCAACAAUCACCAAAUUAUGGUGUUUUAAAACAUUCAUCUGGUUCAUUUUCUUCUAAUGGUGAUCAGACAAAAAUACAGCUUUUGGAUUCACCACCUGGUUACAGUACAUUUCAACCUUCAAAUGUAUCAUCAUCCAAUACUCCUCCUAAACAUAAUAUACGUAAUAUUCAACGUGCACAUACUACUGGGCAAAUUAUGCACACUCCCUCAACAUUGCCUCAGUCAAUAUUAGUGUAUCCAAUGGUGCAACCGGCACUAUCAAGCGAGAAUGAUAAUAUGAUAUCUUCAAAUGGCAACUAUUCUCCGCGUUCUGGAAUGAUAAUAAGGCACCGAUCCUUAAAUAAUGGUAACACGGGUAACCGAGGAUCAAGAUUCUAA